AUGCGUGAGAUAGUCCAUCUUCAGACAGGCCAAUGCGGCAACCAAGUCGGCAGCGCCUUUUGGCAGACCAUCUCUGCCGAGCAUGGCCUCGACAGCCAGGGCGCCUAUCAUGGCUCCUCCGACCUUCAGCUUGAACGCAUGGACGUCUACUUUAACGAGGCUUCCGAUCGCUACGUGCCCCGCGCGGUCCUCAUCGAUCUCGAGCCGGGCACGAUGGAUGCCGUGCGCGCUGGGCCCCUCGGCCAGCUAUUCCGCCCCGACAACUUUGUGUUUGGCCAGUCCGGCGCCGGAAACAACUGGGCCAAGGGCCAUUACACCGAGGGUGCCGAGCUUGUCGACGAGGUCCUCGACGUGGUCCGCCGGGAAGCCGAGGGCUGCGAGUGCCUCCAGGGCUUUCAGAUUACGCACUCGCUCGGCGGCGGCACGGGAUCCGGCAUGGGUACUCUGCUGAUUGCCAAGAUCCGCGAGGAAUUCCCGGAUCGCAUGAUGGCGACGUACUCGAUUGUGCCGUCCCCUGGCAACUCGGACACCGUUGUCGAACCGUACAAUGCUACUCUGUCGGUCCAUCAACUGGUUGAAAAUUCUGACGCGACGUUCUGCAUCGAUAACCAGGCGCUAUAUGACAUUUGCUCGCGGACCUUGAAGCUUUCUGAGCCUUCCUAUGGGGACCUCAACCAUUUGGUGUCUGUGGUCAUGUCGGGCAUCACGACGUGCCUUCGCUUCCCCGGCCAGCUAAACUCGGACCUGCGCAAAAUGGCUGUCAAUUUGGUGCCCUUUCCUCGUCUCCAUUUCUUCACCGUCGGCUUCGCCCCCUUGACCGGUCGAGGCUCUCACUCGUUCCGGGCCGUGUCCGUCUCGGAGCUUACCCAGCAAAUGUUUGACCCAAAGAACAUGAUGGCCGCGUCCGACUUUCGCAACGGCCGUUUCUUGACCUGCUGCGCCAUCUUCCGCGGCAAAGUUGCAAUGAAGGAAGUCGAAGACCAAAUGCGCAAGGUCCAAAACAGAAACUCUUCAUAUUUCGUCGAUUGGAUCUCCAACAAUAUCCAAAACGCGCUCUGUUCUGUACCGCCCAAAGGCCUGAGAAUGGCGUCCACUUUUAUCGGCAAUUCAACAUCCAUCCAGGACAUUUUUAAGCGCGUCGAUGCCCAGUUUUCCGUCAUGUUUCGACGCAAGGCAUUCUUGCAUUGGUAUACAGGCGAAGGCAUGGACGAGAUGGAAUUCACCGAGGCUGAAUCAAACAUGAAGGACCUCAUCUCCGAGUAUCAGCAGUAUCAGGAAGCAAGUGCUGCUGAUGGGGAUGACGAGGAGUACGAGGAAGAGCUGCCGUUGGAGAAGGACGCGUGA